UAUAAACCAUUUCUUGACAAUAAUACACAUUUGGCCAAACAUAUUUCAAGAAAAGAAAAAGAAAAAAAAAGGGUAAAGGGCUCUAGAAUGGCUUCGUUGCGGCAAAAGAAGAAGCAACAUCCAGCGAAGAGGGCAUGGAAGAACUUCACGAACAUGGUCAAGUCUAAAUUUAGAGACAUGGAGAUCGCUUCAUCGGUCAGAAACUCAACGGCUCGUGUCCUCAGGUUCAUCUCUCGCCGUCUCAUCGUUCCUUUCAGAACAAGGUACCUUCAAAACAAUAGCUACACCACCGACAAAUAUCACUAUAGCGGCAACGAAAGUUCUCGGCAGUUUCUCAAUGCUUUCUCUCGCGAUCGCACUAAACCAAAGCGUCGUCACUAUGGAUAUGAUGAUGAUUAUUACUCUCAAAUCUAUCAAUACCAAAGCCAAAGCCAAAGCAAACGCCAAAGCCAAAACCAAAGCCAAAGCCAAAACCAAAACCAAAGCCAAAGCCAAUCACGUGGUGAGGGGACGAGUGGGAGCAAAGAGAGAGUUGUUGGGAAAAAGGAGGAGAAAAAAGAAGAAGACGAAGAAGGGAUGCCGGAGAUUGCUGAUUCAAUGGAAGAUGCUUGGAGGAGAGUGGUGGCUGCGUCGCCGCAUUUGCAGGUUGACGAGAGAGCCGACGAGUUCAUCUACAAGUUUAGAGAAAGUAUGAAGAUGGAGAAAGAGAGGUCGUUUCUUGAAUUCCAAGAAAGGUUAAAACGAAGUGCUUGAAUUUGAUCACACUCUUCCUGAUUGUGUUUUCAUUUUCUUCUUUAAAUUUUCUAUAAGAACUUUGUUUUCUCAUUCUUUCUUCAUUGUUUAAAAAUUUUGGUGAAUUCUCAAAAAUGGUAACAAACUUUUUCACGUCAUUUUUUUUUCCAUGUAAUGUGAAUACAUAUGGUUCACCACU